UAUAAUAUAAAAGAUAUAUAACUUUUUAAUUUAUUCUUCUUUCUUUUCUAUUUUUUUCUUUAUUUAAUUUUUUCCUUUCGAAACAAUAGCUAUUACGAUAAAAUAAAUUGAUCGCAUCUAUUUCUAUAACGCUUAUUAUACAAUUUGAAUUGCAAAACGUUAAGUAAAUUUUUUUAUAAUUAUAUACUACAAAUUCUAAUGCUUGAAAUUGAUCAAACGAGCCUCAGCAACCAAAGCUCCAGAGCGCUAGGCAACGCACAAUCGUUUGCACAAGUGCACAAGACAACGCGCCUGACUGACGUGCACCACGCACCGCACGCACGUAUGCACGCACGAACGUACGCACGCACGAACGAACGAACGAACGAACGAACGGACAAAACAAAACCCGGUUUUGACAGCUCCGGCUGGCGCGGAGAAAACGCACCUUCGUGAUACGUAAUCCCUGACGCGUGAUCCACAUUUUAUAAUUAAAUCCGCGCCUACCCUCCGUGUCAAAUAGUAGUGAAUCGCAACCCUGUCUGGAACACUGGACGCGGUCCUAAUUGGAAUGUCCACAUGAGGCUGCUGAAAUUCUUGCUUCGUUAUUUCCCGCCAGGUCUCGCUCUGGAGUACACGCAGGGCGGUGACGUCAAGACAAAAAUGAUCGACUUACUAGACCUGUCCGCCGAAACGGACGUAAGAGCAUUAGCGGAAAGCAUAAAAGCGGCCGAACCCAUAAUAACUGAAAGUGUAAUGGACCAGUUAGUCGAAACUCUGCAGAAACUGCAGUCUAAAGUUUGCGAUACAAAUACUAAGCGCUACUACAAAUACAAAACCUUGCAGACGCAUCUCUUGCCGGUCACUAAUAUAGCGUUCGAUAAACUAGGUAAAAGAUGCCUCACGGGCAGCUAUGACCGAACUUGUAAAGUUUGGGACAUUGACAGUGGAGAGGAGCUUUUUACUCUCGAAGGCCAUACGAACGUGGUCUACGCCGUCUCGUUCAACAAUCCGACUUCAGACAAAAUUGUGACUGGGUCCUUCGACAAAACUGCGAGGGUCUGGUGCUCGCGGACGGGUCACUGCCUCGCAACCAUGUGGGGUCACGACGCGGAAGUGGUGGUGGCUAAAUUCUCACCGACGCGAUGCAAGCUCGCGACCGGCUCCAUCGACGCGACGUCGAAAAUAUUCCAUAUAGAAACCGGUCAGGAAUUGGGUACGUUGCGGGGACACACGGCGGAAGUUAUUGCUCUGCAUUACAACGACGACGGAAAUCAGAUCAUAUCGGGUUCCUUCGACGGAACCGUGAACAUCUGGGAUACAAGAACGUUUACACGAACGAGCGUGCUAAUCGGUCAUCGCGCGGAGUUAUCCAACUGCCUCUACAAUUUCGAUUGUUCGCUGAUCGCGUCGUCCUCGAUCGACAAGAGCGCGAAGGUGUGGGACGCGAGAAUGAACACUUGCCUGGCCACCCUGCUGGGACACGACGACGAAGUUCUGGAUCUCGCUUUCGACAACAACGGCAAGAGGCUGGCGACAGCCAGCAGCGAUAAAACCGCGCGAGUUUGGAAUAUAAGCGGUAAUUUCAAGCCGUUGACUGUCACGAGAGGCCAUGGAGAAGAAGUGUCAAAAGUUUGCUUCAGUCCAAACGGCCAUCAACUUCUGACCGCCUCCUUGGACAAAACAGCCAGGCUAUGGUCAGCGGACGAUGGCUCCUGCUUCCAGCAAUUGGAAGGACACACCGACGACGUUUUCGCUUGCGCGUUUUCGUACACGGGGGACAGCAUAAUCACCGCCAGCAAGGACAAUACCUGCACGAUUUGGAGGUGACUCGACUGGUUUCAGGUGUCCGCUUAGCUUUUACUCGUCGCUCUGUUUAUCGCUUACAUUGUAUACUUUUAUGUUAUCUAAAUAACGAUGAGCGCAACCUAUCGUUUUCCGAUAAACGAGCGAUGAUAAGUGCUUCCGCGUUAUACCAGACGGCGACGUGAACAUUUUGAUAACGGCAGAAAGAACAAUAUCUCCAAAACAAAAGAGUUUUCCAGCAAAAUCAUUGUCGUUACGGAAUAUUUACAAUAAAUGUAAAAGCAAACAUUGCUGUGUUAUAAUUAACUCGAUAUUAUAUAGAUAAACAGUAAAACUUCUUCCAUUAGUAAAAUGGAAAAAUCCAAUUGUGUGAGCGAACUCGUAGGAACAGAAUUUAUCGCUUAAAAUAGUUUAUCUUAACAAACGCAUUUUGCUGUAAAAUAAUCACUGAACUGCUUCGAUCGCAAAGAAAAAAUAAAUUUAUUUGUAGUAAAAUAAUUUGUAAGACAAAAUUACCUUCAGUAAGUUCUUUCUCUGUAUCUAAAAUAAUUUUAUCUUCAAAAGAUUUACUUUUACAAUCGUUACAAAAAUACACUUACAUCAUAUUGUUUUUACAAUGCUUUUCUUGAAAUAUAACGUGCAUUCAUUAAGGCUGAGGUUAGAUUAGCUAGCAUGACUAGUAAAUACAAACGUUAUUUAAAUUUAUUUACGAGUUUGCAGUUGAGAUAAGAUAGUUUGAAUCAGACUUUAAAUUAAUGAUAUUGAAAAUACUAAUGGAAAUUUAUUUAAAUAUUUGUUAGUAAUAGCACUAUUUGAAAAUUAGGUUUGUAGAUAUUUCAUACAUAUGAAGACACUCGAAAUAUGUAAAAUUGUAAGUCACUUUAGAAAUAAUUGUAAAUCAAUAUCAAUAGAAGUGAAAUGUUCAUCUCUUCUAAAUAUAUAUAAAUUCUUGAUAACAGUAUAAUCGUAAAUAGUGUAUAAUUUAUUGAGGAUGAGUCAUUUGAAAAUUUAUUAGGUGAAAAGUAACAAUUGCUUACGCUUAUAUAUAAAAUUUGUUUAUAUACGUGUAAAAAUUGUUUAAACAAAAAUAUGUUGUAACAGAGCUAAUAAAGAGCUCAUAGAUAGC